AUGAACGAAAACGAAGGCCAAAGCGGCUCAGCUGAGGCAGUACAAGAGACGGCGCAUGGUGAGUCAGACGCGAAGCCAACUCAGAGGUAAGACUACUCGAUCUAUAAAUAGAGCCAGAAAGUUUAUAGAAGAGGGCGCAGAGAAGCGUAAACGGAUAGAAAAAGAAAUCAUUCAGAUACGAAAGGACUUUGAGUUAGCGCGUGAGUGUCACGCUGAGAUGUAUGAGUAUGUGGGGGAAAGUCAAACCUCAACGAUGGACGAGUGGGAAGAUAUACUCACUAACGAUGUAUACGACAUCGAAGAGAUGGUCGAAACCUUUCUCCUGUCCCUCUCUGUGUCCGAACACGCUAACCCAAUGUCCUCAACGAGCGAACAGAUUUUAGAGCCUGAAUUAGUCAAUAGUAACAUUAUCGAACCAGCAGGAGGCAACGCGCCAGUUAGUCACGAGGAAGUCGAGGGAGCUUCAAUUCAUGAGACCGAAGCUUCGGGAGGCGCGCAAUCCGUCACUAACAGCGAUAAAACUGUGUCAAAUGCCGAGAACCUGCAAAAUAUAGCGUGUAACUCUGUGACAGACGAACUGGAUUGCCCAAAGAGCAAAAUUAAUCCCAACCUGUCAUCGCCGCAAUCUUUCGACACCUGGAUAGACAAUUUAAUUGAAUUUGAAGAAACAGUUUUACCGACUAAAGUGUCUCAAAUGUCAAUCGCGGAAGCUUUGUACAAAUUAGAGUCUAGUAAGGAUAUUCCUAGUAUUGUACUUAUUAAAUAUGACGGAAACCCGCUUACUUAUGUUGAAUUUAUCGAGCGUUUCAAGCUACACAUUCAUGACCGGCCCCAUCUGUCUGACGAUUUGAGAAUGGUACAACUAAAAAUGCAUUUAAUCGGAAACGCCGAACGCGCUAUUAGUGGUCUAGGUUCGCAGGGAACAAUGUAUGCGACAGCGCUAAAAACAUUAAAGGAACAAUUCGGCCAGCCAAGCGUCAUUGCUAGAGCGUACAUAAAUAAGCUAGUAGAGAAACGGAAACUCCAGGGUGACGACAGACAAGCGUUGCAAGAAUUCUCCUUUGAUGUGGUAAACUACGUAGCUACGUUAAAGCAAAUUAAUCACCUAGCAGAUGUCAACGCGACCGACAACCUACGCAAGAUCGUGAAAAGGCUUCCAGAUCACCUUAUUGACAAAUGGAAAGGUGUGGCAUCUGAUCUCAGAGAGAAGGGGGUAACGCCCUCCCUUCAACAUAUAAGCAAUUUCAUCAGGAAACGCGUAAAGGCCGAAUUUGACCCGGACUUUGGCGACAUUCAGAAAUCAGAUUCUCGACGUUUUAGACCAGAUCGAAAGGGAAUUCACUCGGGUCAAAGGGAUCCAAAGAAAUCGGGAAUCCAGUGUUACGUAUGUUCCGAAGACCACCGUGUAGCAGAGUGCCCGACCUUUUCCAGCUGUUCCAACGACGACAAGAUCCAACACGCCAGAGAUCAGCGAUUAUGUUUCUCGUGUUUAAACCGUGGACACGUGACAAGAGAUUGCAAAUCGAAGGAGAAAUGUGGAGUUAAAGGAUGUCCUCGCUUCCACCACUGUUUACUCCACGUAGAUUUCCCAUCCUCUCCUACGACACCCCCCCUAAGUUCAGCGACAUCUGCGCUCGAUAAAGACAGCAUCAUGCCAGUAGUUAGAGUUCGCUUCAAGUCGGCAAACGGACGAAUUCGCGAAGGUAACGUUCUCGUAGACAGUGGUGCUGGUACUACCGUGAUUCGGACAAACUUCGCGAGGGCUCUUG